AUGUGGCGCUCACAGAGGGCAGAUGUGCUCCUCGUGGCCUCCAUUCCUGUGGUCCUGCGCAAGCCCCUGGCAGGUGCUGCUUUGAGGAGGUGCUUCUUCCUGGUGGGUGUAUCAGUGUUAAUUAGGGUUCCUUCAGGGAAGCAGAGCUACUAUAUUAUGGGAAAGGAUUCACCGCGGUUGUCACACUUGAUACCAGUGUGGGCGGAGGGGCAAAGGGAGGCCUGGAAGAAGAAGCUUGAAAAUCAGAGGAAACCCCUCAAACCAGACAAAUACCAGUGCGGUGGUCGGGCGCCUCUCCCAGCUGUGGAAGUGGAGGGGGGGCUCUAUGUCCUGUGGGUCUGGGUUUGCCCCCUGCGGGCGUGGGAAGGGCAGGGCUUGCUGACUGCCUGCUGGCCCAGUGGUGAGUCCGAGAGAGAGCAUUUCUACACUGGGAAUGAGACAGACGCUCAUGUCAGCCGUGCCUUCCCAUCUUGGGGGUGUCUUCUGGGGGAUACUGGGGUUGGGAAAUCAAGCAUCGUGUGUCGAUUUGUGCAGGAUCACUUUGACCACAACAUCAGCCCAACCAUUGGGGCAUCUUUUAUGACCAAAACCGUGCCUUGUGGAAAUGAGCUUCAUAAGUUCCUCAUCUGGGACACUGCUGGGCAGGAACGGUUUCAUUCACUGGCUCCCAUGUACUAUCGUGGAUCUGCUGCAGCUGUCAUAGUAUAUGAUAUUACCAAACAGGAUUCAUUUCAUACCCUGAAGAAAUGGGUGAAAGAACUGAAGGAGCAUGGUCCAGAAAACAUUGUAAUGGCUAUUGCUGGAAACAAGUGUGAUCUCUCAGAUAUUAGGGAAGUUCCCUUGAAGGAUGCUAAGGAAUAUGCCGAAUCCAUAGGUGCUGUUGUGGUUGAAACAAGUGCAAAAAAUGCUAUUAAUAUCGAAGAGCUCUUUCAAGGAAUCAGUCGCCAGAUCCCACCCUUGGACCCCCAUGAAAAUGGAAACAAUGGAGCAAUCAAACUUGGGAAGCAAGCCACGCAAGCCAGCCGGCGGUGCUGCUGACCCAUGGGCCAUGGUCCGCUGUACUUGAAGAAGCCAGAGCCAACCUCCCAUUCUUGGCAGCCUGGCACCCCACGUAGGGAGAAGAGAGAUGCUGGCUUGGCAUCCUGGAAGACCUGAAGUGAUGGGGCAGGAAAUGUCCCUGGAAAAGGCUUUUAGAAAACUCCAGAAAAAUCCGCCAUACUACCACAAAAUGGCCUUUGGUGUAUGAAAUGCACAUGAGAGGAAACAGAUGUUAGGUAAUAAGUACAGUUGAGUUUUUUGUUGUUGUUAAAAACCUUAAAAUAUUCUU